AUGGGGCCAAAACCUUCGAAACACAUAGAAUAUGAUAGAAAUGAUAUAAAAACUCAAGGAUAUAUAUCAAUCACGACUAAAGAAAAAGAAAAAAAGAAAUAUUUCAGGCUUUCCCACAAAUCUCUGAAAUAUUCAGAUGGCCAAAACAUUCCUUCUAAAAAUAAGUCAUCUUUAUUUAAUUUAAUGCCAUUUUUCUUUUCUCAGCCUAUUUUCUAAUAAUUUUUUAUGUCCUGGCCCUUUAAAUUAUCAUCCAAAUUUAAUUAAACUCUCUAUAAAGCUUUUUUCGAUAAAAACUUUAAAAUUCGGUUAGAAAACCCUGAUGAAGCUAUUUUAGUACUUGAGGUAAAAAACAUUAGAGGCCAAAUUCAACAGUGGCAAUUAAAAUUUGAAACAAAUGAUGAAUAUAUAAGCUGGGUAAGCUUGAUUAAGAAAGCAAAAAGACCAAUAUGAGAAGAUCCUAUUGAAAAUUUGGCUUGCAAACAAUGCAACGUAGAUUUUAGUGUCUCUAAUAGGCAGCAUCAUUGCAGAAAAUGUGGAAAGGUUUAUUGCUAUCUGCAUUCCUCAAAUAAAAUAGCUAUACCAGAGUUAGAAUAUAAUACGCCAGUUAGAGUAUGUGAUAAUUGCUUCAAGGAUUCAUAA